UCAUGGUAAUCCUAGGCUGUCGGUCAUGAGUAACAACAUCACACUCUUCUCUUCCUUAAAUUAUCAUAUUAUAAUAUUGCAUACGCGUGAAUGCAACCCAUCUUCAUAUCUGUUUGCAAUGCCUUUAUAAAUCUCAAAACAAAAUCAAGAUUCUUAAUUCCCCCAACCCAAGAUCUGAUCUUUCCACCCUUUUAACAAGAAAAUGAGCUUCAAAAACUAAUUUGCUUUGGCCAAGAUUGAAGUUCCUAUAUACCCCCAUCUUAAAAGGGACGGAAAAGAUCAAAUAUUAUGGCUGGGGGAAGUAGCUCUUUUGGUGGCAGGAAAUCAUCCGAUUGCUGUUCAAAAGUCAAUGUUGUGACUUCUCUUGGGAUUUCUUUAGUUGGGAUAUGGAUGCUGAUGUCAUUAUUUAGUAUACCUCUUGUAAACUCAGAGAUAUCUUCAACGUUGAAAGUUACCGAGAAACUAUCGGAGCAGUAUACAGGCAUUUCUGGCGAUUUUACAGUCAAUGCAAAGAGAGAAGAAGAUGCAACAUUCCAGGGAGAGAAGGGGUUUAGAAGGGGAAGGUCUAUGGAGGAGUUUUCAGAUGAAAAGGGGCUGGAUAGUUACCAAAAUGAGGAAAGGGAAGGAGAAAACUCUAAUUUAAGUAAUGGAGAAGAAAAUCAAGAGGAUUCUGGAUCCAGUGAUGAAUCACAGUCUAGCAGCGAGAGUUCAAAUCUAGAGAGCGAGGAAGUAGAUUCGAGAGAGACAGGCUCAACUUCUACCAGUGGCGAGUCAGAUAAUGGAGGUGAAGACUCAAAUCCAGAUGGUGCCGAGACAACAGCAGAGGAUGAGAACAUUGUCUUAAAGUCAAAAAAGGGAGAGGAAGAGAAUGAGAUUUUCCCAGCUGGUGAUCAAUCAGAGAUUUUAAAAGAAACUACUACACAAAAUGGGCCAUGGUCAACUCAGGCUGCUGAGUCUGAAAAGGAGAAUGAGUCACAGGAUUCACUCAAGUGGAAGGCAUGUAAAACUGAUGCUGGACCAGAUUAUAUUCCUUGCCUGGAUAAUGUGCAAGCUAUAAGAAAGCUCCCAAGUACCUCGCACUAUGAACAUCGUGAAAGGCACUGUCCUAUUGAAGCUUCGACUUGCCUUGUUCCUUUACCUUCAGGAUACAAGCAGCCAAUUGGAUGGCCUAGGAGCAGGGAGCAGAUAUGGUACUCUAAUGUUCCUCAUGGAAAGCUAGCCAAGGUCAAGGGGCACCAAAACUGGGUCAAAGUUACUGGAGAGUACCUUACUUUCCCUGGUGGAGGUACUCAGUUUAAGCAAGGAGCUCUUCAUUACAUUGAUUUCCUCCAGAAGUCCUUGCCUCAAAUUUCAUGGGGCAAACAAACACGUGUUAUUUUGGAUGUUGGGUGUGGAGUGGCCAGCUUUGGAGGAUACCUCUUUGAAAGAGAUGUACUAGCCAUGUCACUUGCCCCCAAGGAUGAGCAUGAAGCCCAAGUACAAUUUGCACUUGAACGGGGCAUCCCUGCUAUAUCAGCUGUUAUGGGAACUAAAAGACUGCCAUUCCCCAGUAAAGUAUUUGAUGCUGUCCAUUGUGCACGUUGUAGAGUUCCGUGGCAUAUUGAAGGUGGCAAACUUCUCCUAGAAUUGAAUCGUGUCUUACGGCCCGGUGGUCACUUCCUUUGGUCUGCUACACCAGUAUAUCGGAAGGAUGAAGAAAGUGUUGGAAUAUGGGAAGCUAUGUCUGAACUAACUAAGUCAAUGUGCUGGGAACUAGUGGAAAUUAAUGAAGAUAAGCUAAAUGAAGUAGGUGUAGCUAUAUUCAGAAAGCCAACUUCAAAUGAUUGCUAUCAGGGUAGAACACAAAAUGACCCACCUAUGUGUGAAGAAGCUGAUGAUCCAGAUGCAGCCUGGAAUAUAACACUUGAGGCAUGUAUGCACAAAGCACCAGCAGAUGCAUCUGAACGUGGUUCAAGGUGGCCGUCAAAAUGGCCAUUGAGGUCAGAGAAGCUUCCUUAUUGGUUGACAAGUUCUCAAGUUGGAGUCUAUGGAAAAGCAGCCCCAGCAGACUUUGCUGCAGACUAUGAUCAUUGGAAGCAUGUUGUGUCAAAAUCGUAUUUAAAUGGUCUUGGCAUUAACUGGUCUUCAGUAAGGAAUGUCAUGGAUAUGAAAGCUGUUUAUGGAGGAUUUGCUGCAGCACUGAAAGACUUGAAAGUCUGGGUUAUGAAUGUAGUUCCAGUUGACUCGCCCGACACACUUCCAAUUAUAUAUGAACGCGGCUUCUUUGGCAUUUACCAUGACUGGUGUGAAUCCUUCAGCACGUAUCCCAGAUCUUACGAUCUUCUUCACGCCGAUCAUCUUUUCUCCGAUAUUAAGAAAAGGUGCAAGAUAGUACCAGUAUUUGCAGAAGUGGACAGGAUUCUGAGGCCAGAAGGAAAGUUGAUUGUGCGGGACAAUGCUGAAACUAUACUUGAAAUAGAGAAUAUGGCUAGGUCUGCAAAAUGGAAAGUGAAGAUGUCUUACUCAAAGGAUGGUGAAGGAUUGCUAUUUGUUCAAAAAUCAUUUUGGCGUCCAAAACAAGAACAGAUAAUCAAGUCAGCCAUUGCAUAGGCACAGAAGAUAAAUUUCCAAAAUUGGAUAACCCAUGAUGCUUUUGGUAUAGUUUAGCUCACUACCACUAAAUUAUUAGAGAAUAUCAUUCCAAUAUAGUGAGUAUUCAAAGAAAAAUCAUUCCGAUAUAGUGAUCAAUACUGUAUGCUUGAUUUAUUGUUUAAUCCACUCAGGUCAGUUACCGGUCUCUAGCGUUCCUUAUAUUUAUAAAUGGAAUGAAGAAAGAUGAGAAGAAUAUUACAUGAUUUUCAAUUCA